CGGAACUGUGGGCAUCAUCGAGUCAACGUUCGAUCCGAUCGAAACCCAAAUUUGUGCGUCCGUCUGAUCUCGCAAAUAUUCUGUUUUGUUUGCUGUAUAAUUGACCACUCGUCCCAACGACUAUCUUAGCACUCACUCUCUCUCUCUGAGCAGAAAAGGAAAAAAAAAAAAGAAAAAGAAAAAGAAAAAAACCCAAAGGGGCUAAUGGGGUUCGUCUCUUUCUUGGGACGAGUGCUCUUCGCCUCGCUCUUCAUCCUCUCCGCCAGGCAAAUGUAUAAUGAAUUCGGUGCUGAUGGCGGACCUGCUGCAAAGGAGUUUGCUACCAAAUUCAGUGUUUUGCAGAAAAGUUUGUCCUCCGUAUUAGGGGUCAGGGUGCCUGAUGUUGAUGUUAGACAUUUAGUUGGAAUUACUAUUUUCAUGAAAGGGAUUGGAGGCAUUCUGUUUGUAUUUUACAGCAGCUUUGCAGCCUGUCUCAUGCUCCUCCCCUUGGUGCUCACCACUCCAAUUCUUUACGAUUUUUAUAACUACCCACGUGAUGAGCCUCAAUAUGGUUUACUCUUGAAUGAAUUCUUGCAGAGCACAGCACUUUGUGGUGCAUUGCUUUUCUUCAUAGGGAUGAAGAACUCAAUUCUGAAGAGGCAACUGAAGAAGAAGACUCCCAAAACAAAGACAGUUUAGAUAUACUCAGAAAAAAAAGUUCAGAUAUAAAAGAGAAGUAGUAGACUAGUAGUUGCAAAAUGGAUUCUUUUUAGGUGUUGAAAUUUCAGGGUGUCAAGCUGGGACUAUGCAGCAUCCGGCAUAAGUGUGGCUGUACAUCAAGCUACUUAGCUUAUGCUCAUUUUUUGUAAAUUAUAUUUCCCUUUUCUAGGGCAUGUUACUUUGAUUUUUUGGUUCUUUCCAGUAUGGAGUGAAAUUGUAUAUCAGCAAAUGAUCGAAUGGAUUGCUUGAAGAUGCGAUUAUUUGAGAAUAAAAGAACUUUGUUGAA